AUGCUCCCCAGGUCUAUAUUUUUGAUGAUUUUACUCACUUCUCAGGUCAAAGUGAUCCCUGGAGCAGAUCUGUACCAACUGGUCCAUGUGAAACGGCUUUCUCUGAUGCAGAAGCGAGACCUUGACUAUGCCCAUGAUCACCAUGAUGUGCCGGAAGCCUAUGAAGAAGAAUUGUUGUAUGAAAUAAAAGUCAAUAGAAAAACCUUAAUCCUUCACCUUCUAAGAUCAAGGGAGUUCCUGUCCUCAAAUUACAGUGAGACCUUCUACACCUUGAAAAAAAAAAUGCUCGUCCAUCAUCCUCUAAUCACGGAGCACUGCUUUUACCAAGGAUCCAUUAUACAUGAAUUUGAUUCUGCAGCCAGCAUCAGCACGUGUAAAGGUCUAAGGGGAUUCUUCAGAGUUCGUGAUCAAAGGUAUCUCAUUGAACCAGUGAAAUACUCAGAUGAGGGGGAGCAUUUGGUGUUCAAAUACAAUGCCAAGGGGCCGUAUGCUGCCAAUUUUACUUGUGCGGAGCUCAAUUUUACCAAGAACGCUGCUCCAACGGACACCUCACACAAGGGAAACUACAAGAUGGAAAGCGUCCAUGAACAAAAGUAUAUGGAGCUGUUCGUUGUUGCUGAUGAUUUUGUGUAUCGCAGGAAUGGUCAACCUCACUAUAAACUAAGGAACCGAAUUUGGGGAAUGGUCAAUUUUGUCAACAUGAUUUAUAAAACCUUGAAUAUUCAUGUAACGUUGGCUGGCAUUGAAAUGUGGACAGCUGGAGACAAAAUAGAAAUAGAUUCAAACAUUGAAACUACCUUAAUGCGUUUUUCAAUUUGGCAAGAAACAAUCCUUAGAAAAAGGGAGAAUUUUGAUCAUGUUCUGUUACUAAGUGGGAAGUGGCUCUACACACAGGAGCAAGGAAUUUCUUAUCCAGAGGGCAUGUGCCAGCCCUAUUAUUCCUGCAGUAUCGUGAAGGAUCUCUUACCUGACAUAAACACAAUUGCCAGCAGAAUAGCCCAUCAGUUGGGGCAUAACCUUGGCUUGCAACAUGACGAGUUCCCGUGCACCUGUUCCUUGGGAAAAUGUGUGAUGGAUACUAGUGGAAGCAUUCCUGCACUAAAAUUCAGUAAAUGCAACCAGAACGAGUAUCAGCAAUUCCUGAAGGACCAUAACCCAACGUGCAUGCUCAAUAUUCCAUUUCCUGGCUCGUCAAAUGAUUUUCCAUCUUGUGGAAACAAGAAGGUGGAUGAGGGAGAAGAGUGCGAUUGUGGCCCUUUUGAGGAGUGCACUAAUCCUUGCUGUGAUGCACACAAGUGUAUACUGAAGCCAGGAUUCACUUGUUCAGAAGGACCCUGCUGUGAAUCCUGUCAGAUAAAAAAGGCGGGGUCCACAUGCAGACCGGCAAAAGAUGAAUGUGAUUACCCAGAAGUAUGUACUGGCCACUCACCCGAGUGUCCGAAGGACCAAUUCCAAGUCAAUGGUUUUCCUUGCAAGAAUUCCGAAGGCUACUGCUUCAUGGGGGAAUGUCCCACUCGCAAUGAUCAGUGCUUGGAAUUGUUCAGUGACGGAGCAAAAGAGAGCCACAAUAUCUGCUACAAGAUGAAUAAGAAAGGAAAUAAAUUUGGUUAUUGCAAAAGCAAGGACAACACAUUUGUUCCCUGUAAAGAGAAAGAUGUCAGAUGUGGGAAGAUAUACUGUACCGGGGGACAGAAGUCAUCUCUUCUUGGAGAAGACAAGAUCUAUCACAUUAAGGCUGCAAAGCAGAACAUUACUGUCAAAUGUAAAACCAUCUUUUUAUACCACAAUUCUGAGGAUAUUGGCCUGGUGAAUACAGGAACAAAAUGUGGAGAUGGGAUGGUAUGCAGCAACGGAGAAUGUGUGAACACUGAAAAGGCCUACAAUUCAACCAACUGCCCCUCUCAAUGCGAAGAAAAUUCAGUGGAUAGCAAUGAACUUGAGUGCCAGUGUGAGGAAGGACAGAUUCUCACCGACUGGGAAGAAACCUUAAACAUUACCAAUAUCACGAUCAUGGUCAUUGUGCUUGUCCUGGUGAUUAUUGGUGCUGGAAUUGUCAUGUUAUUUAUUCGUUACCAAAAAUGUAUUAAGUCGAAGCAAGUUCAGAGCCCGCCUGGAGAUACCCGGGGAGUGGAGAACAAAGGAUACUUCGGUGAUGAGCAGCAGAUGAGGACCGAGUCAGUCCUGCCGGACAUCCACCCCCUGCACCGGAGAACUGCAGAAACCUUGGAGAGCCUCCCAUCCAGUUUCUCAAGUCCCCAUUACAUCACCCUGAAAUCUACAAAUAAAGAUCCCAAAGGAGUUGCAGAUUCCAAUCAAAGUGCCAAAGUGCCCCAGGGGGCUCUACUGGAUGUCACCUACAUACUACAGCUGCAGUCCUAUAUCCAGCCCCAGGAUGAGAGCCCUGCAGCCCAGGACUGCUCUCCAGAUGCAUCCCUGACCUGA